UCCGUUUCGGGAGGACUCGGACCUGUUGCACUGUUACAGUGGGACAGAACCCACUCCCCACACGCUCACCUGGAGGCUCGUGGCCCUGGCAGACAUGGGAAGCCUGACCACCCGUGAAGACUGAGGCAAAGCGCUCCCUGAGCACCUCAGCUUCUUCUAUGAAGCCAGAUCCCCUCAUCAGUUACCUUUCAUCACCUUGCCCUGUCUCCUGCCUAUGUACCUGUAGAGCCCCUUCUUGUCGCCUUUCACGUCCCUCUCCAGGGCUGAACUCAGAGCCCCGUCCCAGGUGCACAAUGCGGCACGGCUCCUGCUGAGCUUCGUGCAGCUGGUGAUUAAAGGAAUUAAUGACAUUACAUGACAAUAACGGCGAUACGCAGGGGAAAGAAAUUCCUUUGCUCUCACAGAUCUGCUGUUAUCUCAGCCCUCUGGAAGCCUCUGGAAGCAGAGCAGCAGAAGCACUGCUGUGCUUUAACCCUGCAGCAGCUCUGCAGCACUCGGCCGUUUGCUCAUUGCCCCACCAGGAGAUAGGGCAGAGCAGUGGCACAGAUAAAGCUGUAAGAGCUUGUCAGUUGAGAGCGGGAUGGUUUGAUGAGAGAGAUAGAGAGGAAGAGAGGAAGAAAGCAAAGCAAAGGAUGCCCAAGGCAAUGGCUCGGUAGUUCCUGACUGAUGCCGGUCCCGAGCAGCAGCAGCCCCAGGGCCAAGUGCCCAGCUCACAGCUCAGCACGGCGCCCUGUGCUCCAGGAUCUCCCUUGGGCCUUUGGAGCAGCCGGCCCGGCUCUGUGCCCUGCAGCUCCUGGUGCAGCCCAGACUCCCCGCAGGCAGAGCAGCCCUUACAGAAGCCGCGCUCGCCCCAAACACAACACGCGGCACCCGACCGGCUCCUAGCAUCCAUCAGCUCCAUCCCACCCAGCCCAGCUCAGCGGGUCCAGCGCCAGCUGCUGGGAGCCCCUCUGCACCGAGGGCUGCGGAGCCAGAGCCGCUCAUCUCAGCGCCCGUGGGACCGCGAACCACACGUGCACCAAGGCCAGGGGGAUGGCUCAACAUGGACAUUUCCUGGGGGAAGCCGUUGAACCACUUGGCCACAGCGGGGCAGUUUGGGGUGCUUGCGGGUGAGUUACGCAGGGCACGCGGGCUGGGGCUGCUCUACAAAGUGGGAGCCCAGCUCCGGGUGUCCUGCAGCUGCAUCACGCCGUGGGUCCUGCCUGAAGCAGAGCAAAGGUAACAGCGUGCUGCAGCUCCAGGGCUGCUCCCGGCACUGCGGCUGCUGGGGCUGCGCUGGGGAACCUUCUUGUCUGCAGCAGGGAACGGCAGCCGUGGGCCCGAGGCUGGGGGCAGCGGGGGGGGGCAGAGCCCGGGGGCCCUGGAUGGGACGCAGGCUGGGGUGCUUCCCUGUGCUGUCGGGGGGGAUCUGGAGGGUCCUGAGGUCACCGCGAUGCUUCUGCUCCGCUUCUCCCUGCAGCCCCCGCCGCCGCUCCCCCAGCCAGCUCCCACUCAUGGAGCUCCUCGCCCUGUGCUGGGUGCUGCUGGCCGGCACCUUGCUCAGCACGUCGGCCGCCAGCAGCGCCCUGCACGACGGAGACCUCGACCCCAUUGAGAUAAAGAUGAACAUGGCCCCCGACUCCUUUGAUGACCAAUACAAAGACUGCGAGAAUCAGAUGAAGACUAAGAUACAGGAGGUGAACCGUACGGAGAUCAAAAACAACAAGGACUAUGCAAAGACCUGGAAGAAGGCAGCUGCAGAAUGGCAGAAGAUCUGCCAAAAUCCUAGUAACUGCCCAAAGCUGAACAUGGAUCUGGCCAUCGCCGUGGUGGCGUACAGUGCUGCAGAUGGGAUGUGCGAGAAGUUCAACGCAGACACACGUCAGGGCGGACUCUCCCACCAGCACUACAUGCAGUCGUAUCACUUCAAGACGCUGCAUUUCCUCCUGACCCAGGCGCUGCAGGCUCUGCGAAAAUCCAAUCCCGACAAAUGUUACAGCGUCUACCGCGGUGUGCGGGGCAUCCGCUUCACAGCCCAAAAAGGCAAAACUGUGCGCUUCGGCCAGUUCACCUCCGCCUCCACAGACGAGAAUGCUGCAAAGCAGUUUGGGAAAGACACUUUCUUUGAGAUCAAGACCUGCCAUGGUGUCUCCAUCAAUCCGUUGUCCUUCUUCCCCUCUGAGGAAGAAGUCCUCAUCCCACCCUUUGAAGUCUUUAAGGUCACCAAGUUCUCCAUCGUCAAAGGCAGAAGUGAAAUCAAACUCCUCUCUAAAGAGACGAAGAGCAACUACAACUGUGAGCUUCUAAAGCCUCAGAGUGGGCAGUGGGGUCGGGGCCACCAGGAGGUGGGGCUGGGGCUCAGCCGUGGGCCACCUCUGCCCCCCCUGCCCUGCCCCAAACGUGCCAGAGGGGCAUGGGGGCACAGAGGGUGA